CAACCACAACUGCAGCACCAACCACAACAACUACAACUGCAGCACCAGCAACCAUAACUGCAGCGCCAACCACUACAACUGCACCAACAACCACUACAACUGCAACGCUAACCGCAACUGCAGCACCAACCACACCUGCGUCACCAACAACCACUGCAGCACCAACAACCACUACAACUGCAGCACCAGCAACUAUAACUGCAGCGCCAACCACUACAACUGCACCAACAACCACUACAACUGCAACGCUAACCGCAACUGCAGCACCAACUACACCUGCGUCACCAACAACCACUGCAGCACCAACAACCACUACAACUGCAGCACCAGCAACCAUAACUGCAGCACCAACCACUACAACUGCACCAACAACCACUACAACUGCAACACUAACCGCAACUGCAGCACCAACCACACCUGCAUCACCAACAACCACUGCAGCACCAACAACCACUACAACUGCAGCACCAGCAACCAUAACUGCAGCGCCAUUCACUACAACUGCACCACCAACAACAACCACUACAGCUGCAGCACCGGCAACCAUAACUGCAACAGUAACCACAACUACUGCACCAACAACCACAACACUAACCACCACUACAACUGCAGCACCAACCACCACUACAACUAUAACACCAACCACAACUGCAGCACCGGCAACCACAACUGCAGCACCAACGAAUACAACUACAGCAACAACCACAACUGCACUACCAACCACCACUACAACUACAGCACCAACCAACACAACUACAACACCAACCAUAACUGCAGCACAAACCACUACAACUACAGCACCAACAACCACAACUGCAGCGCCAACUACUACAACUACAACUAAAACUGCAGCACAAAGCACCACAACCCCUACAGAAGGGUCAACCACCAUUCAAAUUCCAACAGGCCCACAAGCACUUGCACAUCUAAAGAUAAAGAUGACUACAUACGGGCAGGUUAGCAAUGCAACCAUCAUUGCCCUUCUUGAAAAGUUUAACACCAAGGUCCUGAAUGGUAUACCCCACAUUCUCUCUGUGACAAACAUUAAAAAAGUUGGAGCAUAAAAAUUGAAUGUGGACACAAGUCAAAAAUAAAAAUAUAAAGGCAAGAAUUUAACAGUGAGUUAGUAGAUUUGUUUCAACAUGAUCCGGAGCGGCAGUUUGCCUCAGUCGCUUCAUCAUAUCCUGAAUGAUUAGUACGUUGGUGUGAGAAGGAGACAUCAGCUGUGCUGCAGUGGUCGACAGCCAGAUGGGCUUGGAUUGCUCUGUGAAUGUAUGAAACCUAAACCUGGGUGAAAGCAGAUCAUAUUUAAAUAUCAAUCCCCUUACAUGAUCAUUUCUGAAAUUAAAUCAAACUGCAGAAACACAAUGCUGUAGUUCCCAUGAAUUACAAAUGCGCUUUUGGUUUAUCAUCUUGAAAAGUACAAUAGGCAUCUCAAACCAGGCAGCUGGCUAAUAAUGUCAAUACUUACUCACUCUGACAAAAUGGUGACUAGGAAAUCAAAUAAUUUAUAUGCUUUGAAACAAAAAAAAUAUUUAUUGGU